AUGGUCUACGAAGACUCAGAGCAUUGGGAGCUCAUCGGACUAGCUCGAGAGAAUGGGCGCCUUUUGGUGAUCCUCGACGGCUUCGAUGAAGCCGGCUUUCUCGAAAGAGAAUUGGCGCAAGAGAUCUCCAUGAAGUUGAACAAUGAAGUCUUUCUCAUUGUGACCAGCCGAGAGAUGAGCGGCUACCUCACCGGCCCUGAUUUCGCACGGUUCCGAUCCGUGAGGGUCAAGGAGCUGAACGAGACGCAGAGGCGGCAGGUGAUCCAACGUCGUCUUGGCGACCCUCAGGUGGUGGAAGCCUUCUGUAAUCAGCUCACGUUGAACCCAGCCUUAUGCACCAUGACCAGGAAUCCUUUACUGCUGAACGUCACUCUCUCGGUCUACGAGACUGCAGGUCAGCUUGGCGCAGGCUCUUUAAAUCGAGGCAAAGUGUAUGGCUUAGCCCUCGAUGGCAUGCUCAAGAACUUGGAACAUGCCAAGGCGGUAAGCAGCACCUCACGCGUGGUCACUGCCAGCACCUUGCGUGAGGUUCUGAAAAGCAUCGCUUUUUUGGCCCACUCUGACCGCAACGGCCGCGGUGUGCGAGACUUCCGUCGAGAGCUGGUCCAUCGGGCCAUUGACUGCUGCCAAUUGGGUGCAUCCUUCGAUUUAAGCCACUGGAAUGAGAUCGAAGAUUUGAUCAAGAAGGGGCGUCUACCCUUGCUCACUUGGUUCUCUGAAUCCGGCAACGACACCUUCCGCUUCGCCCACUUGACUUUUCAGGAAUUUCUAUGCGCAGAGCAUUGCUUGCAGAUGUGUCAAGAGCGCGAAGACUUUGUUUUCACUCUCCGAGAUUUGAUUUGCCCUGAUCAGCCUCAGCAAAUCAUCGAGCGAGGGUGGUGGCAGCAAAGCAUCCAGAUGUUUUGUGAUUUGGCCGUGGCGAGCAACGCACGGGAGAAUGGCCAAUGCUGGGGCAGCGUGCUGGGAGAGUGCCUCUUACAGCUCGGGAGGUUCAAUCGCCAGACCCACACCGAGAAUGGCCACGUGUCAAGCUACGUGGAGACUCCGGCUUCACCCGCCUCCGACUCUGAUAGCCUGCGACACUUCGUUCCAUUGCGACGAGCUCAAAGACGAAGAGUCGUGGAGCCCAAAACCGUGGACUUUCUGCAUCUAGUCAAUGACACCAACAUCUUGACGGUGCUGUCCAUGCUCCGCGACAGCGACACUGUCGAGCAUCUCAAGCUCGGCGGGGGCCUUUCCUCCAGUGGCAUUGCCACGAUCCGCACCUUGCAGGUGAGUAAGCUGAAGGGCCUCUAUGUCAACCAGAACUACAUCGGCCCUGAUGGCUGUGUGGCGAUUGCCGAUUUCAUGCGAAAGACCAACACCCCUUUGGAAGUGUUGGAGCUUGUGAACAACGUGAUUUGCCAAGGAGCCGCGAAGGAGAAUAUGCUGCCAGUCUCGCGGAGGAAUCCACCAAGUGGCUACUACGACUCCUACCAUCAGGAGCUGAGCGGCCUCAAAGAGUUGUUGGAGGUGAUUCGAGAUCAUCCAACCAUGAGGAUCCUCGACGUGCGUGGCAACUUCCUGCCCCUCCAAGCCGGGACCUUGCUGGCCGAGGUCGUUUGUGGGCAGAAUCGGCUGGAGAGUGUCUGUGGCGUUGACGUCCCUGCACUGAAGAGCCAGUCUUUGACGGUCUUCAAACUGCACAAUGACGCCUACUUUUUCAAUGCAGAGUACCACGCCAGACAAGAUGCUCCGUUCCUUUCCACUGGUGGAGCUUACUUUCUUGUUCAGCUCCUCUUGCGCUUCCCGUCACCGCGGCUCACCACCUUGCAGCUCUCGAACCAGGCCUUAGCAUCAGAUAUGGCCGGGGUGGUGCAGCUUUAUGACGAGCUCGGCCAAGCCCUGGAGAGCUCCCGGCUUCAUUUCUUGGAUCUCAGUGGCUUUUGGGAUAGCGGCGCAGCAGCUGGAGCAGCCCUUGGCACUCACCUGGCCAAGAUAGAUACGCUCCAGACAAUCAAAGUGGGCACUGGCAUGCUGGACUUGCAGAUGAUUCGGUCCAAAGGUCAAAGUGGCGGACCAGAAGAGUUGAAGUUGGGAACCUCCAGGAUGCGAGACUGCGGUGCGGGGAUCAUCAGUCAAUGCUUGCCGCCCAAUGUCACAAAGAUCAAUCUGGCUGGAGCUGGGGUUGGUGCCAAUGGCUACAAGAUCCUCUCGCAAUGCCCCAGCCUUCAGCAGAUCGAUGGUGUGGAUUUGAGUGCAUUCAAGGAAAGUACGACCGAACUGGACUUCUCUCAGCACCCGGCCGUGGCUUCCGGCUCUGUGGCCGCUAUCAUUGCCCGAACAGUCCUGACUCCGAGGCUACAACGAUUGAACUUGUCCGGCUGCAACCUCACCAGCAAAUCCCAUGUGCAUCCCUUGACUCCCGUGGCGGGUGGAUCUGGUGGCAUUGGCUGCAACGGCGGCUGCGACUGCCGGACCUUCGAGGGCACCAAUGCCUACAAGCACUGCGCAGACUGCGACCUGGACUUUUGUUCAACGUGCUGCAUGUCAGAGUGCCCGAUGAUCUCCUUGGCAGAAUCCCUGCAGCGCUUGCCACACCUGGUCUCGUUGAAGCUCUCAGACGUGUCCUUCCAAGGUGGCAAAAUGGGGCCCGUCCGCUCCCACUUGGAUAUCGAAGGAUACCGAGUUCUGGGACAGGCCUUGAGGGAACAUCCCAACAUUAUCGACCUCGAUCUCGGCAAGAACUAUUUUCAUGGCCAAGGAUUUCCUUACUUACUGCAAGGAGUCGUCGAGAUGAAGGCUUUGCAGACCAUCACCCUGGGCUCAACUCCUUUAUGCUUCAGGGAGUUGCUCAGCUCAGAGGUGCUUGAGGUGUCUGACACCUGGUUGCCCGUGGAAGUGCUGCUGCUCUGCAUGGCCAUUCGCAAGAAUCACCAGCUUCGGCAGUUGCACCUCCCUAAAGCGCAUAGCGAUUUGAAGAUCGACGUAGUCAGAUCUUUGGUCGACAGCCUCAGAGAGUUGCAGCUCCACUGUGAGCCAUUAGAGCUGUUGGCCAUCUCAAACUUGCAGCUUCACUUGAAAUCCUUGGCAGAUGGCUCCAUUGAUUCGUUGGACUUGAGCUGCUCUCAAAGAAUCAAUCGCUCCGCUCUCGCACCGUUGAUGGUCUUCAUUUUAGAGCAUAGCAGUGGCUUGACGAGCGUGGAUUUUCGGCAGAACGACUUCGGCCUCGAAGUCGAGCACCUGGUGGAUGCCGUGCUCAGCCUGGAGAAGCGAGGUUUGCGCUUCUACAAUGGCAUUCCCCUCCAGGGCACGGCUGAGGUGUUCAGUAUGGAAGGGAGACAGGUGAUGCCACAUGGUACCUGCGUCUUCGCCAGCAGCUUUCUGCCGAGACAAACUGGUCUUCGUCACUUGGACUUGCAACGCUGCGGCUUGGAUGCCCGCGCCUUGAGUGCCGUUCUGAUGACGGUGUUGCAGAUCCAAAGUGUGACCUUCCUAGAUAUCUCUGGGCAGCCACUGAAGAAGGCCGGCAUGGAGCACCUGGCAUCUUUCCUUCGACAAGAUAAGAAGCUUCAAACACUUCGAGCACAGAACAUCCAGACGCCAUCCUACUACACAGCGGAGAUGCUCGACUUCACCAAGGCCAUGGAGGUGAAUAGCACCUUGGCCACUUUGGACUUGCGUGGCAACUCGCUGCACUCCGGCAUCGUUUCGCGCCUGCAGCGAACCAUGGAGGAGAAGCGCAGUGUGGUCCCUUUGCCAUUUGACGCCAAGAUUUGCUUUUUGCUGUGCAAUCGCCGCUUGCCGUACCAUCUGCAGCUACCCGAGGUAGCGCAGGUUUAUGAGGUGAGCCGGCUCUUCACGGGCGGCGUCUAUUCGCCACUCUUCAUGAUCUUCCAGUUCUGUGGGCAGCCCCGGACGCUUCUGCUGGAUGAGGUGCAGGAUGAGCCAAUGGAGCCUGCAGACACUGCCUGGCGGCCAUGGAAUCGGUUGCACAUCGACCAUCAGAACAUGGGUCCCACUGUCGCUUUCACGGUGGGCCAGGUCCGGCGAGGACGCCUCAUCCCGGACAGCGAUGACGAAUUCGAGGCUGAGGACUUCCACAACCAGAGGUAUUGGACUAUCAAUAGCAGCGAGGAAGAAGAGAUGGUCGACGAUUGA